AUUCCCACCCUAUAUCCCUCUAUUCCCACCCUAUAUCCCGCUAUUCGCACCCUAUAUCCCGCUAUUCCCACUCCAUAACCCGGUAUUCCCACUCCAUAUCCCACUAUUCCCACCCUAUAUCCCGCUAUUCCCACUCCACAUCCCACUAUUCCCACCCUAUAUCCCACUAUUCCCACCCUAUAUCCCACUAUUCCCCCCUUUAAUCCCAUCCCCAUCCAUUGCUCCAUCACCUCCGCAUCCCGUCGCCAUCGGGACCAGUGCUUGCUGCGCUCGCCAUUCCAGCCCCAUCCCAGCCCCAUUCCAGGCCUGGGGAAGAGCAUUCCCAUUGGGAUACGAUGCAGGAGAGCUACGAGAGCGUCAUCUCCUUGGCGGAAGAGAUCGCCAUCAGUUGGCCAAGGAUCACGGCCUUCGCCGAAUCCCAUCGCAGGAGGGGAAUGGUGGCCGACGAUUCCAUGUUGAGCGAGAACGAAGAGGAGGAGCCACCACCAGGCGCCGUGGUGAAGGUGGAUCCCAUUCCCCCCCCAUCCCCGAAUCCCAAAGGAGCCAUUCCCAAUCCCAUGGAGAGCUCCAAAGCCGGCGACACGGCCCCAAAAGCCGAUCUCCGUCCCCCAAAACCAGCCCGGAAACGGCAAGGAAACCACCGGAGCUUCCCGAAAUUCCCAUCCCGUUCCUUGGUACCUGCCAACCGGUGCCAGGAUUGCGGCUCCAAAGCUUCGGCAUUCCCAAAGCGGCCCCGGAAGGCUCCGGGAUGCGGGAAGUGCUUCCGGUUGGGCUCAGCCUUCCUGAGCCAUCAACGGCGUCACGGUGGGGAGAAGCCAUUCCCAUGUCCGGAAUGCGGGAAGAGCUUUCCCAUUGCCUCGGCCUUCAUCCAACACCAGCGCAUCCAUGGAUCCGGACCCGCUCCGUGUCAAUGUGGGGUGUGUGGGAAGAGCUUCCCGGCCGGAUCCAGCUUGGAGAAGCACCAGAAGCUCCAUGCGGAGGAGAAGCCCUACAAGUGUGGGGAUUGCGGGAAGGGCUUCCAUUGGAAUUCCCACUUGGAACGGCACCGGCGCAUCCAUACGGGUGAGAAGCCCUAUGCAUGUCCCGACUGUGGGAAGAGCUUCAGUUGGAGCUCCCACUUGGAUCGGCACCGCCGGACCCACGGUGACGCUCCCUGCCGGCGCUGCCGGAUCCCAUUGGAUGCUUCCAAAGGGCUGGAAAAGCCUUUCCAAUGCGGGGAAUGCGGGAAGAGCUUCGGGAAGAGCGCGGCCUUGGCCAAGCACCGACGCGGACACGGUGCCGAGAAGCCCCAUAAGUGUGGGGAGUGUGGGAAGAGCUUCGUGUUGAGCACGGCGUUGGCGCAACACCAACGGAUCCAUGGGUCCGGGAAGGCAUUCCAAUGUGGGGAAUGUGGGAAGAGCUUCGCAUGGAGCUCCCACUUGGAUCGCCAUCGACGUAUCCAUAUGGGAGAGAAGCCCUAUAGCUGUGGGGAUUGUGGGAAGAGCUUCUCCCAGAGCUCCCAUUUGGAACGGCACAACCGGGUCCAUUCCGAUUGCGGCGCCGGAGCCAAGCGGCGCCGGGCAUGGGAUGGCAACGAGCGGCAUUCCCGAGGUGUGGAAUGUGGGAAGCGGAGCCGGAAGUGUGUGGAAUGUGGGAAGAGCGUCACUUGUGGGGCGGAGAGGGUGAAGGAUCGAGGGACACAGACUGGGGAGAAGCCGUUUGCGUGUCCGGAAUGCGGGAAGAGCUUCGGGCAGAACUCGGCUUUGGUCAAGCACCGUCGGAUGCACACGGGGGAGAAGCCCCAUAAGUGUGGGGAGUGUGGGAAGAGCUUCGGGGUCCGCUCCAACCUCAUCAAGCACCAACGGACCCACUUGGGGGAGAAGCCCUAUAAGUGUGGGGAUUGCGGCAAGGGCUUCAUCCAGAAGUCGGAUCUCACCAAGCACCGUCGGAUGCACACGGGGGAGAAGCCCUACAAGUGUGGGGAGUGUGGCAAGUGCUUCAGCGUCUCCUCCAACCUCAUCAAGCACCAGCGCAUCCACCUGGGCCAGAAGCCCUAUCAGUGCUCCGAGUGCGGCAAGAGCUUCAUCCAACGCUCCGAGCUCACCAUCCACCAGCGCGUCCACACCGGCGAGAAGCCCUACAAGUGUGGGGCGUGCGGGAAGUGCUUCAGCCGCAGCUCCCACCUCAACCGGCACCAACGCACCCACGCCGGGGACAAGGCCAAAGGCACCGACGCCAACGGCACCGGCUCCGGCGCCGCCUUCUCCGGCCCCUUCGGCCCCGUCCCGGCGCUGCCGCCGUUCCCUGGCGCGGUGCCGGGGCUGGAGCUGCCCUGGGCCCUGCCCUUCCCUGCCCGCGCCUUCCCCCAGCCCUGCUGCCCCCCGGCGCCGGCCCCGGGGGCUCAGGCACUCAGCAACUGAGCCCCAUGGGUGUGGGGUAUGGGGCUGGGUUCAUUCAGCACCCAACUGGGAUUGGCCAACGCCGUUGGUUUGUUCCAUUCAUCCAACUGGGAUUGGCCAAUGUUGUUGGGCUUGUUCCAUUCAUCCAACUGGGAUUGGCCAACACCAAUGGGUUUGUUCCAUUCAUCCAACUGGGGUUGGCCAACACCAAUGGGCUUGUUCCAUUCAUCCAACUGGGGUUGGCCAACACCAUUGAGCUUGUUCCAUUCAUCCAACUGGGAUUGGCCAACACUGUUGGGUUUGUUCCAUUCACACAACUGGGAUUGGCCAACACCAUUGAGCUUGUUCCAGUCACCCAACUGGGAUUGGCCAACACCGUUGGGCUUGUUCCAUUCACCCAACUGGGAUUGGCCAACACCAUUGAGCUUGUUCCAGUCACCCAACUGGGAUUGGCCAACACCACUGGGCUUGUUCCAUUCAUCCAAUUGGGGUUGGCCAACACCAAUGGGUUUGUUCCAUUCAUCCAACUGGGAUUGGCCAACGUCGUUGAGCUUGUUCCAUUCACCCAACUGGGGUUGGCCAACCAGAGGCACCAUUGGGAAGGUUCCUCCUAUCCGGAGCCGUUCAGUCGGGAUGUAUCCAUGAAAAGAUGUGGAAUUCGCCUUCAUUCCAUGGGUCCAAGCUCUUCCCAACAUCCUCAAGACCCAACUUGGGUUGGCCAAUGAGAGGCAGCAUUGGGAAUGCUCUUCCCACCUGGAAGCAUUUAGUAGGGAUGUAUCCAGGAGAGGAUGGGGAAGUCGCCUUCAUUCCAUGAAUCCAACCUCUUCCUGACACCCAAUUGGAGUUGGCCACGAAGACCAAACCCUUUGGAGCUGUUUUUCCAGGAAUUCCAUGGAAUUUUGGGGAUCUGGUGGUUUUCCAGGUGGAUUUUGCCCCAAAUUCCAUGCUGGGAGUUGGGUUUUGCAAGGAUUCAUCUUGGUUUUCCUGAUGUUUUAGGCUCCAUCCCUUGGAGUGGGAUUGCAGUUGUUGGGAAUAGAUUGCUCCGGUACUGGUUUGAUGCCUGAAUUCCUGAUUUUCCCCAUUUUUCCUCCAUGAAAUAGCUGGGAUAUUAUUUAGGGGAAAGGAAUUGCUGAAAACUUUGGGAUUGGGAAGGUUUGGAUGGAAACUGCAUUGAUUCCACGUCGGGAUGGGCUUCGUUGGGAAUAGAGGAGGAAGAGGGAAUAGCCUGUCCCAAAAGAGGGAAAAUGGCUGUGGAAAAGAAGGAUACAGGGAAUGAGACCAAAAUCGGUGCUAAAUGUAGGGAAAGGGAUGGAUGAAUGGAUGAUGGAUCAAUAAUGGAUGGAUGAUGAUGGAUGGAUGAUGGAUGCAUGAUGGAUAAUGGAUGGAUGCAUAAUAGAUGGAUGGAUAGAUGAUGGAUAAUGGAUGGAUGAUGGGUAAUGGAUGGAUGGAUGAUGGAUAACGGAUGGAUAACGGAUGGAUGAUGGCACCAAUGGGGCACAAGGUCCCACCAAGACCCCAAAGCCACCCAGAGGAUCACAAAGAGCUUCCCUGAAGGCAUCUGAGGGGGGUUCCAUCUCUUCGGAAGCGGGAUUUGGGAUGGAAUUCCGCUGUUUUCCAGUGCUGCCAUUGGCCGUGUCCAUUGUCCAUGGUCUUCUUCUCGUGUCUCAUUGU